AUGUGGCUCAUAAAUACAUCGACACUGUCGCUAGAGCUGUUCUACGGCGAUGAAAUUCCCGCCUAUGCCAUUCUUUCGCAUACAUGGGGAGAUGGCGAGAUGUCCUUCCAGGAAUUCCAGCAAGUGAGCGAAGCCAAGAACGACAGAAUCACGAGCAAGGCGGGGUACCGCAAGAUCACCGCAGCAUGUGAUAUGGCGCUGAAGAACGGAUACUGCUACGCGUGGGUCGACACAUGCUGCAUCGACAAAACCAGCAGUGCAGAGCUCACCGAGGCUAUCAAUUCCAUGUUUGGCUGGUACAGACAGUCGCAGGUGUGCUAUGUAUACUUGAGCGAUUUCGUGCUAAACACAGUCGAUAUGCCUUCGCAGCAAGAUCAAUUUGAAGCUGAUUUUCGGCAAUGUCGGUGGUUCACUCGUGGUUGGUGUCUCCAAGAACUGCUCGCCCCGCGGCAGCUACGUUUCUUCAACCGCAAAUGGCAGGAAAUCGGAGAGAAGAGCUCAUUGUCCCGAUUGAUCUCGGACAUCACUGGGAUUCCAGAAGCCGUGCUCCUUGUGCCCCCGAGGCAGAAGAUCCAGGAAUUCCCAAUCGCUGCAAGAAUAUCCUGGAUCGCUGAGCGCCAAACCACCAGAAUUGAGGAUAUGUCGUACAGCCUUAUAGGAAUUCUCGACGUCAAUAUGCCGAUGCUAUAUGGGGAAGGCCCAAAGGCCUUUCUUCGACUCCAGGAAGAGAUUAUUAAAAAAUACAACGACCUCUCGAUCUUCGCUUGG